GUUUGACAAAUGUUUUGAAGUAACUAACCUCAACUGUUUGUAGUGUUGUUAAUAUUUGAAUUACACUGUUUAUUAAUUAAUUUCCUAUCAUUUUAAUUAAUUAUCAACCAAAAUGUACGACAGUGAGGGUGAUAGUAGUGACAGUGAAAUAGUUAUAAUGAAGAAAUGUUUGGAUGUUGAACUUCCACCAGACUUUGAUCCAACAAAACCUCCAGAAACAGGUGAAGAGUAUGUCCAAUAUGUUAUGUAUGAAAGGAAGAUGUGCAAGAAAUGGGUUGUGGCAGAAAAUAUCAACAAGACUGAAUUGGAAAAAAAUCAAACCUUUUAUGUGACAGUGAAUGAAGGUUGUGUUAAAGCCCCUGAUUCAAUGCUUCCUACAGAAGAGUGGCAAUUAGAACAGUUAGAGAAGUUUUCAGAAUUUCGAAAGUUUAUAACUCCAUCUGUCCCUGAAACCCCUGAUGGAGAAGUAGUACAUUUAUCUCAUUUAUCAGAAAAGAUGAAGAGUGACACCCCAUCAUUUUCAGAAAUUGCAGAACUUUCACAAGGAUCUAAAUUAAAAGUAUUAGAUGUUAUUUUGGAUGAAAUGGAAGAUCUUCAAGUAGGUGAAACAAUUUCAUAUAAUACAGGAGUGUGGCUUUUUGGAAUUCUGGCUACUUUAGCAAUUCCAUUAAGUCCACAGGCUUGUCAUUCAAUAAGAGAAUUAGCCAGAAAAUGUGCAUAUGUUAGAUCUAAUUUGCAUAAUAAUUGCAGUUAUGAAAUUUAUGGACCUCUUAAUAGUUUUAUUUGCAUAGUAGCUAAGUAUUUCAAACAAUUAGAUCUUGCUGACGUUUCUUAUUAGAUUAAUUAUCAAUUU